CUCAGUUUCGAUUAGAAUAUUGACUGACAAUUGGCUAUGAAAUCGUUUUCAUUCGUUAAACUUCGUGCAUUUCCGAUCCGAGCUCAGUCAACAUCAUAUCGGUCUUCUGGCUUGUUAUCAUUGUUUCAGUAUCUCUCAAGCUGGCAACUGUCAUCCUAUUCAAUAUUACUUGAAGACAGCCUUCUCUUAGUCAGAAUGGCUGGAAGUAUUUACCUUUAUUAUCUUGUUUGCUUGCUUUAUAUUUUUGAAACAUUUCAAUCGAGUUGGGCAAUUGAAGUAAAAUCACCAAUUGUAAAAGAAGGUAAAGGCAGACCACCCCCAUUGCCUCCUAGUAAAUUAAAACAUUAUGAACCAGAUUGGAACAGCCUCGAUGCAAGAAUUUUGCCUUCAUGGUUUGAUAAAGAUAAAGUAGGGAUUUUCAUACAUUGGGGAGUCUAUGCAGUUCCCAGCAUUAGCUCCGAAUGGUUUUGGAUAGAUUGGAAGGGCAAUCCAUCACCAAAUGUAAAAGCACAGCAGGAAAUUAUGCAAUUUAUGAAAAGGAAUUAUAAACCUGGUUUUACAUAUCAAGACUUUGCAGUUGAAUUUUCAGCAGAAUUUUUUAAUGCUACCGAGUGGGCUGAUCUCAUAGAAAAAUCUGGUGCUAAAUAUGUUGUUCUUACCAGUAAACAUCAUGAUGGUUUUUCAUUGUGGCCUUCAAAGUUUAGUUAUAGCUGGAAUUCAGUUGAUGUUGGCCCUCAUAAAGAUAUUGUAGAUGAAGUUUCAAAAGCAGUUCGUUCAAAGAAAGGCCUGAGGUUUGGGUUGUACCAUUCACUGUAUGAAUGGUUCCAUCCUUUGUACUUAGCUGACAAGGCAACAAACUUCACUACCCAAAAAUUUGUUGAUGAUAAAAUAUUCCCAGAAAUGAAGGAGUUGAUAAAUAAAUAUAAACCAGAAAUAUUAUGGUCCGAUGGAGAGUGGGAAGCACCCAGCAAAUAUUGGAAAUCUGAAGAGUUUUUAGCCUGGUUAUACAAUGACAGUCCUGUUAAGGAUUCAAUAGUGGUCAAUGACCGCUGGGGAGAAGAAACACUAUGUAAACAUGGCGGAUACCUGACUUGUUCUGAUAGAUAUAAUCCAGGAAAAUUACCUCCUCGAAAAUGGGAAAAUGCCAUGACUCUUGAUAAAAACAGUUGGGGUUACAACAGGAAAUCCAAUAUUGAUGAUUACCUUUCUACACAACAGUUGGUUGAUUUACUAGCAAGAACUAUUGCAUUGGGAGGUAAUAUUUUGAUAAAUGUUGGACCUUCAAAGGAUGGAAAAAUUAAUCCAAUAUUCCAAGAAAGAUUGUUAGAUCUCGGAAAAUGGCUGAAGGUGAAUGGUGAAGCAAUAUAUGAAUCCUCUCCAUGGGAUGUUUGCCAGAAUGAUUCAUCUCAACCAGACAUAUGGUACACCACCAAAAACACAGGGAAAGAUCUUUAUGUAAUAAUGUUAAGAUGGCCUAAGAGCAACAAUAUCUACUUAUCUUGCCCGCAGAUUUCAGAUAAAUCUAAAAUAUCUAUGUUAGGGCUACCAGGCAUAAAAUUACAGGGAGUGAUGACAGUGAAACAUUUAUUAAAAAUUGCAUUGCCGGAUAAAGCUCUAGUAGAAAAUGAAUGGGGUUGGACUAUCAAAAUAAAAAAUGUAGUAUCACCUUAAUGGUUGCUAACUUUAUUUACAAUUGUGUAGUAUAAACACAAGACUUAAACAGAUCAUUAUCAGUCUUGAUAUUUUUAUAUAUAAAUUUGUAUAAAAAAUAACAUAUGGCAUAUAUAAAUACUUAAUGGUAAAUGAUAUAGUUAUUUAUAACAAAACUGUAUAAACACGAUAUUACAUUGAAGAAAGUACAUACACAAUUUUAAUUUCAUGUCUAAAUUUUUUGUAUUCCUAUUUUCUGUAAUAAAUAAGUCUUUAAAAGAUUCAUUUGAUACAUUUAUAAUAUUUGAAUACUUAAUAGUUGACCAUUGUAUUAUAGAACAAGGAGGUGAUCCGGGGUGGCGGUCAUAAAUAGACUAAAAUAGUGGCAAAACUAUUUUAUUAAAAGCCAACAUUUAACCCAACUUUGCAGGUCUUCUUCAGGGAGCUGUGUUCAGCAGGGAGUUUCACUUAAACCAGUUUUAAGUGAAACACCUCUUUGAAGAAGACCUGCAAAGUUGGGUUAAACGUUGGCUUUUAAGAAAAUAGUUUUGCCACUAUUUUAGUCUAUUUAUGACCGCCACCCUGGACCAUCUUCCUCCAUUUAUAGUAUUUGUAUUAAUAUUUUAUAAACAAUAUGUUCCUAUUUUAAUUUCAUAUGGAUUUACACUUUUUGACAAAAAGUAUAAGAACAAGAACAGUCAGCCAGCACACCUGAUGCAAUCAGGAUAGUCAUUACUAAACAUCAAUGUAGUUAUGAUGAUAGUAAAUGAAAAGUUUGAAACUCAUAAAAUAAAAAAUUAAAGAAUGCGAAGAAAAGAAUGUGUAUAAAAGUUGCAGGUCUGUAAUUAAGCUUUAUAUUACAUCAUUUAUAAUACUGUGUCAACAUAUUUUUUUUUUUAAAGCUCAUAUCCUAAGUUUUUCAAACUAAGAUUCUAAUUUUCAUAAGCUCUCAAUAAUUAACACAGAUAUUGCACAAAGCAAUAUUCAUUAUUUACGAUGUAUUACACAAUUUAAGUCCAACGUAUUAAAAUUUAUAUUUUACAUAAACCAGGACCAAACCUUAAUAUCUUCUUUACAAACAGCAAGGUAACUCCAUUUUGUUAAAAAAUAAAAUAUUAAAUGAAAUAUAUUUUUUACCCUUUUCAUCAAAAUUGAGAGAAAUAUUAAUACUGUGGAUCAAUACUCCAAAAUCUAGCAAUACAGAAUGAAAUGUACUUUAUAAAAGAUUAUCAGACCGAAAAAUUCCAAAAAAGCUAUGAAACUAAUUAAUUGAAAAUAAUUAUAAAUUAAGUGUACAAAUAUUAAACAUUAAGAAGUCUGUUAUCCUUGUGUGCUCCAUCUUUCCACUAUAAUUUUUUAAUCAAGGCUAAUAUGUGCCUUGAUAUACUAGUAAGAAUAAAAGAUUAGAGGAAAAACAAAUUAUUGAUAAACAUUUUGAAAAAUAAAUAAACACUUAUCAGUAAACAACAUUAUUAAAAUUUUAAUGUUUAUCAUAAUUUUUAACUCAAUAAAUAUUUUUACAACUGAGAUAAACAGACCACUUAAAACAAUGUCAAUUCUGACAUUUUUAUGCAUUUAAUUACCUUAUUAAUUAUGAUAAAGUUAUUGUCUUCUAUUAUCACUGCUAUUGCAUGAAAAUAGAAAAUUAUUCUUGAAAUUGAAAUAAGACAUCAAUAAUCACAAUCAGACCGAACUUAAAUCUAAAAAAAUAUUACAGUCAUACCAUAAUAUGUACACAAAAUAAAUUGAAAUAUUUUUCCUACUAUUUACAUUCUUUAAAAAUAUUUACACAGGAAAUUAGUAACUUUCUUUUUUAAUACUAAGUACUAAGUAGGUAUUUAAAAUACCAAUAAAUAUUAAAAAUCAAUUGUUUAGAACUAAUAUUUUUAAAAUAAGGAAAGGAAAUGAUUGUAAAAUUUUAAAACUUAAUAGAAAAUCAGGAGUAACAGCAGCAUGUUAAAAGAUAAAAAACUAAUGACUAAUACUUCUUUGUUCCUGUCUUUGGACGAAAGAAAACAAUUUUCAAAGAACCAACCAUAAAAUCUUACUGUAGCAAAUUAAAAUUAUCACUAAUGAAGUAUAACUAAAAUCUCCCACUAAAAUUAGGAUUCUGUUGCUGUUGUCCUCCCUGUAAAUAAUAAUGGUAAAUAAGUUAAUCUGCAACAAAACUUAUAAGCAGACUGAUAUCUAAAAACUAAAAUAAAGAAACAAUCAUUACUAUCAUGCAAGUAGGGUUAAAAUAAAUUCAAGGAGAUAAAAUUCCACAAUGAAAUCUAUGACAUAGAAGUAUCUAAAUUAAAGAGUACUGUUAAUAAAAUUUUUAAAAUUAUUGAAUUGGAUUUUUAACGGAUGUCUACCUUGAAAUAACAAACAAUAAUUGCGUGACUAUUAUCGUUCAAUAUUUAUAAACCAGCCAUAUCUAGGGGAUUAAAUUGAUUAAGUUCUGAUAAAAUUAGUGAUUCAUGAAUUAUACAGUAGAUAAAAGUGGAGAGUAAUAUAAUGAUAACCAUACCACAGGUGUAUUAAAUUCUAGUUUGAGUUUAAUUGUUAGCAUGGAUAGGCAAUUUGCUCAUUAUUAAAUUACCUGAAACAUCAUGCUCUGAUGAAAGUCAGGUGGUGCUUGAGGUUGCUGUCCUCCCCCUGGAUGUGAAAGGCGCACCCUCUUAGCAUUAGGUCCACUAUGUCCGUGGCUACUUCCUUGCUCUGAUUGGCCACCUCCACCUUGACCUCCCUAUU